GGUUUUCGAAGCGAUUAUCAUUUUUCUCAUUUUUCUAUUUUCUCGCCAAAUGAGUGUAGAUCAACUGUACCUUCAAUUCACCUUCGUAACCCAAUGUUUACGGGAAAUUCUGGAAACGUUAAUAGUGUGACUUUUAAUUUAUUCGAAGAAAGUGCGUCAAAAAGGAAAAAGGAUGAUGAUCAUGAAAAGAUUUAUAAAUUUGAAACUGAUUUAAGACAACAAAAAUACAAGGUUAUCGGCAACGUCGAAGGCGUAGAUUCUAUCCUUGCAUGCGCUUUGGAUUGGGAUUCAUUUGAACAGAUAUAUCUAUUUAAUUUGAUAGGAUCAGAAUACGGUAAUGAUUUUAACUAG